AAUGUCAAAAAUAUUAGAAAAUCCAUCCAGAUUCCAGAGCAUAUAUAUGCGGAGAAGAGAGAUUUAAAAAUUUAAAACCGCCCGUCGAAAGCAUGCCUUCGCGCAAAACUGCUGGAACGCAGACUCGCACCCCUGCAGCAACCGUCUGUAGCCAUCGUCGCACAGAGGAGAAAUAAUCCCGCAGGCAGAGAAGUAUUGAAAAUUUUGGAUGCUCAACUCCAUGAUGAAGCCUCUGGCUCUACCAAUCUUCCUCUUCGUCCUGUUCUUCCCCUCUCAACUGCCCGUUUACUCAAUUCAAAUCCUUUCGAAAUCAAAGCUCCAAAAAUGUGAGAAAGUCGCUGAUUCGGACCAACAACUCAAUUGUACCAACAAGAUCGUGAUCAACCUAGCCGUUCCCAGCGAAUCUAGUGGAAAUGAGGCUUCGAUGGUGGCCGAGAUAGUGGAAGUGGAAGAGAAUGCGACCAACAUGCGAACGCUUAGGGUUCCUCCGUCUGUGACUGUCCAAAAAUCUGCUGCGUUUGCUUUAUAUGAAUUGACAUACAUAAGAGAUGUUGCUUACAAACCACAAGAGCUGUAUGUUAAGACAAGAAAGUGUAAGAGUAAUGCUGGGGCAGAUGUUGUCCAGAUAUGUGAAAGCGUAGGUUGAAAGACGAGAAUGGGAACACUAUUGACCACACUCAGCCUACCUGUUGCCCUUGUGGUGGUCAGCGCAGGGUUCCUUCAUCAUGUGGAAACUUUUUUGACAAGAUGAUGAAGGGGAAGGCAAACACUGCUCAUUGUCUUCGGUUUCCAGGUGAUUGGUUCCAUGUGUUUGGCAUUGGGCAUCGCACAGUUGGAUUUAGUAUUAGAAUUGAAGUCAAGACAAAAUCUCAAGUUUCAGAAGUGACUGUUGGACCUGGCAAUAGGACAGCUGCCUCCAUUGAUAAGUUUUUAAGAGUGAAUCUUGUUGGAGACUAUGUUGGAUAUUCAGAUAUUCCAUCUUUUGAGGAUUACUACCUUGUUAUCCCUAGACAGGGGAGUGCUCCAGGUCAACCAGAAAAUCUGGGGAGCAAUUACUCCAUGUGGAUGCUGCUUGAAAGAGUGAGGUUCACUCUGGAUGGUCUUGAAUGUAACAAAAUUGGUGUUGGUUUUGAGGCCUUUAACUCACAGCCUGAUUUUUGCUCAGCUCCAUAUUGGAGUUGCUUGCACAAUCAACUAUGGAACUUUUGGGAUGCAGAUCAGAAUCGAAUCAGCAGAAACCAGGUGCCACUGUAUUGUGUUCAAGGAAGGUUUGAGAGGAUCAACCGACAUCCAAAUGCUGGAAGUCAUGCAUUUUCCAUAGGAAUCACUGAAGUUCUCAAUACCAAUCUCUUGAUUGAACUGAGUGCUGAUGAUAUAGAGUAUGUCUAUCAAAGGAGCCCAGGGCAAAUUUUGGACAUCACUGCUCCAACAUUUGAAGCUCUUACUCAAUCAGGGACAGCAACAAUCACAACUAAAAAUAUUGGAGAAGUAGAAGCAUCCUACAGUCUUACGUUUGAUUGCUCAGGCGGUGUCAGCCAAAUGGAGGAACAAUUCUACAUAAUGAAGCCAAAUGAAGUUGUAACUCGAGCAUUCAAGUUGAACCCAUCAAGUGAUCAAGCAGCAAAUUAUAUAUGUUCUGCAAUACUUAAAGGCUCUGAUUUUAGUGAAGUUGAUCGAGCUGAGUGUCAGUUCUCAACAACUGCCACGGCAUUCGAUAACGGAACACAGAUACCAUUCCAACCCCCCAAGACAGGCAUACAUGGUUUCUUUGAAACACUUAAAGAACUAUGGCAUAGGUUGUUGGAAGGUUUGACAGAUUUUUUUACAGGAGAAAACUGCAGAAUGAAAUGCUCUGGGUUUUUCGAUUUGAGCUGUCAUGUUCAGUAUAUAUGUUUGAACUGGAUAGUGUUGGUUGCUCUACUGGUGGCCAUUUUCCCAACUCUGAUGGUGUUAAUAUGGCUUCUUCAUCAGAAAGGAGUGUUUGAUCCUAUAUAUGACUGGUGGGAAGAUCACAUUUCACCACUUUCUCCUUCUCCUCAUCAUCAGAAGCAACAAGUGUACUUAAAGAGAAGACAUGAUCCCCACCACCACCACCGUAAGCAUCAUCAUCAUCAUCAUCUUCAUCACCGUGGAGGGAGAAUGACUAAGCAUCUAACAGAAACUGGCGAGGCAGAUUACCACUAUUUUCUUCAUCAUGUUCACAAGGACAAAGACAAACACAGAAGAGCUGCCAAAAGUUCAUUACUGGCUGCAGA